AUUUCAUUUCUUUAGCUCAUCAUAUCUUCCACUCAUUCUCAAACCAUGAAACAAAUCACUCUAAAAUCACUCACAUUACUAACAAUCUUUUUCAUUUCCCUCACCAUUACAUCUUCACAACCUCUCACGACCACAUUCUACCAAAAAACAUGUCCAAGAUUCGAACAAAUCAUGCAAGACACAACUACAAACAAACAAAUAAAUUCCCCGACAACCGCCGGAGCCGCCUUACGUCUCUUCUUUCAUGAUUGUUUAGUCGAAGGAUGCGACGCAUCCAUCCUCAUUUCCUCAACCCCAUUCAACAAAGCCGAACGUGACGCAGAUAUCAACCUCUCACUCCCAGGAGACGGUUUUGACGUUGUUGUACGUGCCAAAACCGCUCUUGAACUGGCCUGCCCUGGCGUUGUUUCAUGCGCGGACAUUUUAGCUGUCGCGGCAAGAAACUUAGUCGUCAUGAUGGGCGGGCCAGUUUACAAAGUUUAUCUUGGAAGACGUGACGGGAAAAUGUCACGUGCUUCACGUGCUCAAAAUGUCUUGCCAACACCACACAUGUCCAUGAACAGAAUAAUCACGAUAUUUAAAUCUAUUGGUUUUUCUGUUCAGGAAAUGGUGGCAUUGACUGGAGCACAUACUAUUGGAUUUUCACAUUGUAGUGAAAUAAGUAAUGAUAUAUAUAAUUACAGUAAUACGACACAAUAUGAUCCUUCUUAUAAUCCUAAGUACGCGUCAGGGUUAAGGAACGCGUGUAAGGAUUAUAAGAAAAAUCCUUCGUUGUCGGUUUUUAAUGAUAUAAUGACACCAAGGAACUUUGAUAAUUCGUAUUAUAAGAAUUUGCCUAAAGGAUUAGGUGUUUUGAGAUCGGAUCGAGCUAUGAUGAUGGAUCCAAGGACAAGGCCUUUUGUCGAGCUAUAUGCAAGAGAUCAGAAGGCGUUUUUUGAAGCAUUUGGUCGAGCCAUUGAGAAGUUGAGUUUUCAUGGUGUGAAAACUGGCCGAAAUGGUGAGAUCCGGCGUAGAUGUGAUUCUUUUAACUAAGUUAAUUAGAUCUGUUGAUUCUUAUGUUAUUUUUGUUUUUGGAAUGAUAAAAAGAUGAUAUAAAUUUUGUAUACUUUGAAAUAACUUCUUUUUUUUUUUCUUUCUUGUUUCCAUUAUUAAUCAAGAGUGCUUUUUGGAGUUGUUA